GAGCGCCGGCCGUUCGGGGGGGCCGCCAUGGCCGCGCCGCAGGACAGAACCCUACUCUGCUUCUGACCAAAGGACACCUUGGGUCCUAGAGUAUUUCCAACCUGUCAGGAGUCACUUGCCUAUCAGCCUGCGGCUCGGGGGGACCCACCGGAGACCCGCGGCCGGCGGAGGCCACGGCCGCGGCGGACCCGACCGACCGGCCCGCCUCGCCCCGCGGCCGCCAUGUACUGCUUGCAGUGGCUUCUGCCCGUCCUGCUGAUCCCUAAACCGCUCAACCCGGCCCUGUGGUUCAGCCACUCGGUGUUCAUGGGCUUCUACCUCCUGAGCUUCCUCCUGGAGCGGAAGCCCUGCACCAUCUGCUCCCUGGUCUUCCUGGCGGCCCUCUUCCUCCUCUGCUACAGCUGCUGGGGAAGCUGCUUCCUGCUCCACUGCCCCGGCUCCCCGCUGCCCCAGCUGGCCCACGACCCCAGCGUCGUGGCCACCUGAGGCCCGGCCCGGGGACCCUCCCGCCGACCGGAGCCCGGGCCUCGCGGCGGCCGAGAGGGCGGCCUCCGCAAGCCGGCUGCCGCCUCUUCCCGUCGCCUCCUGGAUGGACUCCGGCUCUCCCCCCCGGCCCCUUAGAAGAAAUCUCCGGAGCUUACACCGAUUCCGAACGAUCGGGACUGCACACGUUCGGCCGUGGGGAUUUUGGGGCGAGGGGGUGUGGGUUAUGGGGCUCGCUCUCCUUUAUUUGUUGGUCGAUUUCUCCCCCCCACUUCUCGUUUUCCGCUUCACGCGCCCCUCUUCCCCACCCCCGUUCGUUUCGAUCUGCCGACCCGGCGGUCGGCGGGCACACGGAAGCGUCGGAAUUGGGGCGAUCCCGGCGGGGAGGGGCGUCGGUUCCGACUCCAUCCCGCGCCGAGCCUCCGGUAGGGCCCCUCCGCCGUUUUUUGUCUCUUUUUCCUUAGAGGAACCCAAAGCCAAGAAGGAAGAUUCCUUUCUGUACAGUAAGAUGUUUACUCAUGAGAAAUGGCCCCACCUCUCCACCUCUGGCCCCGUUUCCGGGCCAGGGCAUUUGUGAGUAAUCUCCUCCUUGGCAGCACUCCCGGCGGGAGAGGGGGUGGGGCUGGGACCCGUCCCCCACCCCACCCCUCCUCCAGCUAGCAGUUUGGACCCAAGACAACACGCGGGGAAACGUCUGGCCUGGAUUCGGGGUCCUUCUGCCUCUCCGUUCAUCCGCGACCCCGUCGUCGAACGUGUUUAAUAAAGCUUUCCACACUUUG